AUGACCGAUCGAGGAACGGCUUUCAUGGGCGAGGCUGUUCAAGCGGCCGCGAGAAAUUGGGGAAUUAGGAUGGUUCAAUCCAUCCCGUACAAUCCCCAAUCGAAUGGCCAAGCGAAGUCUAGUAACAAGGUGAUAAAAGGGAUUUUGGAAAAAAUUAUCGACAAUAAUCCUAAGGAAUGGCAUUCUCUCCUCUCCAAUUCUCUAUGGGUGUACAAAACGUCAAAAAGGUCUACCACACAAACGACGCCAUUCGCCCUCACCUACGGCCACGAUGCCGUCCUACCACUUGAGAUUUCGGUCAAAUCUCUAAGGGUAGUUUGUCAUGCUGAAUGGAGUAGGGGCGAAUAUGAGCCAGCCAUGGCACAAGAGUUAGACGACCUCGACGAGAUUAGGUUGGGCACUUUAGACAAAUUGAGGGCCCAAAAAGAGGCGGUGGCUCAAGCAUACGACAAGAGAACCAAGGCCAAGAGUUUUGGGAUUGGAGAUCUAGUAUGGAAGACCAUUCUUCUGGUGGGAUCAAAGGAUCCAAAAUUUGGCAAGUGGUCUCCAACUUGGGAAGACCCAUUUCUCGUCCACCAAGUCUUAGGGAAUGUGGCUUACAAGAAAAAGGGUGCAAAUGGCAGUCCUGAAACUCUCCACCACGAUAUCUCUGACCGACAAGGUAGACUGGAGGGUUACCUUUCUCUCUCGGUACGCUCCCGCCCAUUGCUUCGAACAAUCUCGGAGACUCUGGCAACAAUGGAAGCCUUCUUCUCUUGA